AUGGUAAAUGCUUCUAGUAAUGGUGGUUUCUUGCAUAAGAGCCUAGAUGACGCUUGGGAACUGUUUGAGGCCCUAAGUGAAAAUUUUGUUCAACAUACUUCUUCCUCUAGAUCUAAGUCCACUCCCAGUGUCCUUAAAGUUGAAAGUUUAUAUGAAGCAGAAAAAUCUAAAGAGCUUGCCACUCAAAUGAAAGUGUUAAAUCAAAAGUUUGACCAAGUCUUAUCAGCUGUCAGUACUCUUAGUUUUCUUAAUACUCCUCUUUGCCAAAGGAGUUCUCAUCAUGAGCAAGUUAAUGCCAUCACUAUUUUGAGGAGUGGAAAAAUCAUUGAUAAUCAAGUUGAGGAAAAAGAGGUAGAAAAAGAGAAGCGUAGGAUUUCUAUCAAUCCCAUUCUUCAAACUCCACAUCCCACAGAUGUUCCCUCACAUCCUACUCCAUCAAGCUCCCAAGGAGUUGAAGGUAAAGUUACUUCUUCAUCUACUCCCAACCUUGAAACAACUUAUGAGCUAAGAACGCCUUUUCCUGAACGUCUUAAGGGACCCUCUUACUUUGGUAAGCAAGGAGAGAAAAUCCAAGACAUGAUGGAUGUCUUCAAACAGAGAAAAUCAAAAAGCCAAGUCUCUAAAAAAGUUUAUCUCACUGAGCAAGUUAGUGCAAUCAUUCAGCGUAGCACUUCUCGUAAGUUCAAAGAUCCUGGCUUGGGAGAGCUUAAACCCACAUCAAUGGUGUUGCAACUUGCUAAUCGAUCUAUGAACCAACCACAUGGGAUAAUUGAAGAUGGUCUCAUUAAAGUGGACAAGUUUUAUUUUCCGGUUGACUUUCUUGUCCUGGUUACAGAACCUGUCCAUAAUCCCAAUAAAUAUAUUCCUGUAAUCGUUGGUCAUCCAUUCUUGGCUACAGCAAAUGCCAACAUUAACUGUAAGACUGGGGCUAUAGAUAUUUCUUUUUGGAACAUGAAGCUCAAAUUAAACAUCUUCAAUGUCACUCCAUAUUCCUCAGAGAAAGACAAGGGCUUCUUUAUUGAUGUCAAUAAUUAG